AUGGCCCAGAUCACUACCCUUGGCGAACACAAACCCUCAGCUCUACCUUACUGCUUUGCCGAAAAGCUCCUAUCUGACCCUCCACCUCCGAACUCCUACCAAUGGACGCUAUCACCUCACGUUCCCGACGAAGAACUUCUGGUUGUCAAAGAUACCGUGAUAUGGUCGCAGGGAGGUGUUAUCCAACGAGUAUAUCGAUACAGGGCAGAGAAACAGAAUGUCCAACAGGCACUGUUUGCCUGGUUCUUCGAUGACGAAAAUGUCGUCGCAGAUAAGAAAGAUGGCAAGAGGCGAAAGAAAGCAAACCAGGACUCCGACCUAGCGAGAAAGAAGACGACAUGGAACUCUAAGUCGAGAACAUACGCCACGCAGCUAGGGAGCUUUCCGAAGAUGAAGAGGAAGCAGAAGGAUGUUGCAUUUAUGGAUAUUGAUGAGGAAGAAAACCCAGAGGAUGAGGAUUCAGUAUUCGAGGAAUCAGGGAAUAGGGCACUAAUCGUUUUACUUAAAAAUGAGGCGUUCAUUUACUUCCUUACCGGGACGAGCUAUGUCGUUCACCUACCGUGCGAUGUUCAAUACGCUCUUGCAGCUCCCAAUGGGGUCAUGCUCCAAGGGAAAUACAGCUUACCAGACGUACCAAGACUAUUUAUUCUUAAAGACCCCCUCUCAGAUCUUGGGAUGGUACUUGACCAAGAUGGUGGUAGCGCGAUGGACCCUGGGGAAGAAAUUCUUUUUAUGGAAAGAAUACAACAGAAGAGUGCCAGUAUGCACUCGAAGGCUGCUACAGAAGUCAUUGUUGCGGUUACUCGGAAUAUACAUCGCGGUCACAUCACAAUAUGGCAAGCAAAAUACAUCCCGCAAGGCCAACUUGGGGCAGCAGGUAAAAGAACGCCGUCUCUAGGAGGAACACUCUCCAGGAGAAGAUCCUCCUUUGGCGCCGGGACUGGAGCUGCGACACCUGCCGUACCAAACCCGAGCAUGAUAAGCCCUGAACAAAGCCUAAGGUUAGAUUUCGACAAAGAAAAGACCUCAAACCGAAGGGUCAGCUCACUUGUGGCUCGUGCGGAUCUCGGAGGCUCUGUUGACAGGGUAUCUUUCAGCGAUAUGGCUAAAGCCGGCUCUUCAUCUUUUCGUGAUGUCCCACCGAUUGAUGCUCUGUUAGACGAACUUAACAGUAAUAUUAACCUUGAGACCCUUGGGCAGACAGAAGUCAACAGUCUUCGAAAUGAGAUAUUAUUUACAAAAAUUAAAACUAUUCCCUACAGCCUCGGUCCCGAUUCACUACCGCUAGCAAAGCUCCCGCGCAUAUUCACCGUUCUCGCACCUCGCAUGUCAACAGCCAGUGAGAAUGAGGGGCAAAGGGCAAUCCUAGUCAUUGUUAAUAACUUUGAGUCUAGAAUCCUUCAAGUUAUUCUACAACUUCCUGCUCCACUCCCCGCAUAUGCUUCCAGAAAACGUUCCCUUAGAAAGGUUACGUUGAUUGAUGUGCUGCAAAAGUCGGGGAAAGACGCUGUGCAGAUUUUAGAUAACAAUAUCACAAAGUUAUUGGUUCUCAAGGAAGAUGGUCAAAUAGAAAUUGGAGCUCCCUGGUGCCCUCCACUAAAUCUCCCUAUUCCGCCAACCCUUGCCCGAUCAAACAUGCACACACCCGGACAAAUGAGAAAACAAAAACGAGAUUUUGCAAGAUCUUUGUCUCUUCCACUGAACAAGAUCACAGGUUUAACAUACCCCGAAGCCCACGGAAGAGUAUCCCUUAUCGAUGAAAAAAGCAUAAUCCACAGGCUGUCUAUACAGAUUUGUCCCAAAGAUGAGUUCGUAAAACAAGCUCUUGAGACAGGACGAUACGUGCUUCCAGCGCCGAGAGGUGGCGAAGCGAUUUCCGUUGCUUGGAUGGAGAUAAUGCGAACCAAGUCAAGUGUCAAGAACUUCGCUUUUGCGGAACCAGGGUCGACGCUUGAAGAAUGGAAGGGGUUUGUUAUGACCAUUAUGUUGCUCGGUGUUUCAACUCUCCCACAAGUUGUCAGGAAGCCUAGGAGGCGGACGGGGCUCGCGAGGAUAUCAAGCGCGAGUUCUGCGACUUGGGAAGAUAUGCUCACUGAUGACUAUGAUAUCGGUCCUCAGGCCGAUUUUCUUCGAUCAACAGCAUGGGAAUGGGUGGCAGAAAUCGAGGAACAGAAGGUUGAGGGGGCCCGAGCCUCACUCGGUUCCAGUGGCUUGGGUCCAAGCUCUAAACCAAAGAAGAACAAUUACUUCAUAGAUUGCAUGACCGCUGCUCGCGAGUUCCUGACAACUAAAGAGGGAAAGGGAAUCGAAAAGGAGUUAUUCACCAAGAGCAACGAAGCGGAGGUACGAAGGACGUCUUUCGCUAUGUUGAUCGUGGGGCUUCAUAUACUCCGAGAAGAGUGGAAACUAGACCUUUCUAUGGAACCGGCUGUUCGAAAAAUGGGGGCUCUACUUGUACAAAUGUGCACGUGGAUGGGAUGGUUUGGCUGGGUGAGUGGGUACAUGGCAGAUGACAUCGAAAUGGAAAGCUGGGAAUUCGAUAAUUCUCGUUUUCCUGAGGUUGCGGUGAAUGAACCACAUUUCAAGCAGCCAUCCAUCUACGAUUGGCUCGUCGAGUGCUUCCAGGAUCAAUCUCGAGCUGUGCAAAUCCCCUUCAUGACGCUACACGACAUUGUCGUCCCCAAAAAUAAUGAGCUCCUAAACACUAGUAACCACUGUGCACAUAUAACGCCGAAAACACGAUUAAUGACGGAACUUUACUCCCAAGUUCGAAUUUCAGGAAGAAACUUCGAAAACACGGUGGCGCAAAUGAUCAAGUUGGGUAUUACGUGGGGUUUCUUAGAAAAGCUGCCAGAGGGAGUUGCUAUACCGUUCAUCGAAGCUAUUGCUCGGGUUCAAGAAAGCCCUCCAACAUCUUGGGGAGAAUUUGCUCUUGAGCUUAUAUCUCGCAAAGAUUUGAAGCUUGUCCUGAGCGGUAAAGGGAAAAAUCAAGCCACAAGAUGGACAAAUGCUCCGCUCCAUGAAGGUCUUCGAGAUGCCCAUACCAUUUGUUCGACCACCCUUGAGCCAGAAAGUCUUGGCGCUUUCGACGGAAGCGCAGAGAUGGACCGUACCAAUAUCACAAAACUCAUUUGGCCUGACGAUCGUCGUUGGAAUGAAGCAGUAAAGCUUUUGCAAUCAUCAAGACCAUGUGCAGUAAAAUUCAUUCCCGACCAAAACAUGACUGAGCAGGAGCAAAUCGAACGACAGCAGUCCCUCGCCCAGUUUACUGCAAUGCGAACCUUAGCAGUCCCCUCCGGACGAGGCCUCCUCUACUACAGCGCUCGAAUACCCCUCCUUACCGAAAAGUUUCCGACGCCAGGCUUUAAUUUGACUAGCAUCAUGAAACCUGGUGGAUUUACUGUUAGCGCCGAGAAAGUAAACUACACAGAAGAAAAGGUCUGCUGGGCAUUUUUUCAUGCCGGCGUUGCGGCAGGACUUAGUAUUUCAAAAGAAGCGCAUGAUAUCGACACCUCAUGGAUCGUUUUCAACAAGCCUAGUGAGCUUAGUAACCGUCAUGCUGGCUUCCUCCUAGCACUAGGAUUGAACGGUCACCUUAAGUCGAUUGCCAAAUGGGAUGCAUUUAAUUAUCUUACACCGAAGCAUACAAUGACUUGCAUUGGCCUACUGUUAGGUUUGGCUGCAUCGUACCUUGGUACUAUGGAUAAUAUGAUUACCAAGCUGCUAUCAGUGCAUGUGGUCCGGCUUUUACCCCAUGGCUCUGCAGAUCUCAACCUUUCGCCAUUGACACAGACUGCAGGUAUCAUGGGGGUCGGACUUCUAUAUUACAACACCCAACACCGAAGAAUGAGUGAAAUGCUUCUCUCUGAAAUCGAAGAAGUUGAAAACUUAGACCCGUCGGCACCACCAGACAACCUCCGAGAUGAAGGCUACAGGCUUGCCGCCGGGUUCGCCCUUGGUUUCAUCAAUUUAGGGAAGGGGCAUGAUCUUAAAUCCCUACAGGACCUCAACAUCGUCACUCGACUUCUUGGCAUCGCAGUUGGAAGCAAAAAUAUCGAGAUGAUACAUUCACUCGAUAAGUCAACAGCUUCAGCUACGAUUGCUCUUGCGCUGAUAUAUAUGAAGACCAAUGAUGAGGCCUUAGCGAAGAAGAUUGAUGUUCCCGAAACGACCGCCUUGAUGGACUAUGUCCGUCCUGAUAUUUUCCUCCUCAGAACUCUCGCGAAGCAUCUAAUCAUGUGGGAUAACAUAGAACCUUCCCUGGAAUGGAUUAGCAACAAUUUCCCAGGUUGCCUCAAGGCUCACUGUAAACUAGAUUCAAUCAAGCAUCUGGAUAGCUCCCAUUUGCCAUUGUUUAACAUUGUCGGUGGCCUUUGUUUUGCAAUAGGGUUGAAGUAUGCUGGUACCAUGAAUGAAAAGGCAAGAGAUACACUGCUAUAUUACCUAGACCAGUUUACUAGGCUGUGUCUACUUUCGGCGGUAAACUAUGAUCAGAAACUCUCAAGGGCAACAGCUAGAAACUGUCAAGCAGUAAUUGCUCUCUCGGCGGCUACGAUCAUGGCUGGAUCAGGGGACAUCCCUGUUCUACGCCGGCUCCGCCGGAUGCAUGGUAAAAUCGAUGGUGAUAUGCCUUUCGGAAGUCACCUUGCGACCCAUAUAGCGAUCGGUGUCCUCUUCCUCGCAGGGGGUACAUUCACAUUUGGAACGUCGAAUUUGGCCAUUGGCUCGCUUCUCCUGGCCUUCUAUCCGCUCUACCCCAAUAGCAUCCUGGAUAACCGUUCGCACUUGCAAGCUUUCCGUCAUUUCUGGGUCUUAGCGGCAGAGCCAAGAUGCCUGGUGCCACGAGAAGUAGAGACUAAUAGACCGAUUUCGAUUCCUGUCGAAGUCACGAUGAAAGACGGGACGAUAAUGAAGCACAAUGCACCGUGCAUCCUUCCGGAUCUGGAUAACGUUGCAGGUGUCAAAACGGGGAAACCUGGAUGGUGGCCAGCGGUCCUUGAUUUCGACCAUAAUCCCGAACAUUUGCUAGCGUUCCAAAAAACACAAACCAUAUAUGUUCAGCCGAGACCACCACAGUUCGCGGUUAACUCGAUCUAUAGAGCUACUUUUACGGCACUUGAGGAGGAGUACCAAAGCACAUCCUUGAUAGGGUUUGAAUGGGUUUUGGGACUUGAUCCUUUGAUAUCACUUGACCAACCAGAAAAGGCGUGGUUGCUGCCCAACGAUGUAGCUAGCCCGGUGAAUGCCAAUAUGCGGGAUACAACGGUUGAUUCGAGAUUAUUGAUGGAGAGGACAAGUUUGACAGGAGUCAAUGCAGACAGGCUGAGGAAUGUCAAGCUGCUGUUCGCAUUCGUGGAUUGGCUUGGCGGAGACGGGUUGGUGUGUAUGAGUAAGGGAAGUGUAGAGAGGUUGAGGGCGGCUGUUUGGACGGCAUUUUCUUGA